CGUCACCUAACUGUUUAUUAUUGGAAAACGAAGAUUCGAAUAAAAAAGUGUUUUUCCAGAAAAAAAAAGUGAAAAUGACGAAUUUAGAAAAUACCCUGCAAAUAGAAACGAAGCUAGAAAAGGAACGAACGAACCAAGCCCUACUGAAAGAUCGGGUGGAAAAGUAUUCGGAACUGACCAAGUCGAUGUCAAAAAUUUUAAACUCCUUCGAGCAGCGCUUGGGAAAGUUGGAACAAACCAUUCUCCCGGUUUACAACGUCACUAAAAAUUUGCAGAAGCAGCAGCAAAAUCUAGAUUCAACUCUAAACUGUCUGGAACAGGUACUGUCCCACUACGACGCCUCGCAGGAUGUGUGUAAUCUGAUUCAUCAGGGACCGUCGGAGGGCAACAUAACCGGUUUCCUGGACGGUUUGAACAAACUCAAAAAGGCUAAGGAUUACUUCCUGAAUAACAAUCCGCAGAGCGUGGAGCUGGAGAACGUGACGAGUCUGUUCAAUAAUGGCUGUGAAACGCUAAAUAACCACUUGAAAUCGCUUCUCAAGAAGCACAGCACUCCGAUGAGACCGGUCGAUCUGCUGGAUUUGAUCUACAUCGAGGAGGACUCGUCCAAUGAGGAUUGCCCUUCGAUCAAGCAACUGCCGACAAGCACCCGGGAGGAGCUGAACACCAUCGCCCAGUGGUUGGACAACAAUCUGCGGCGGGAGUACGUGCAAAUAUACGGCGACGAACGAUCAGAGGUGAUUGUGCGUUCGCUGCAGAAUCUGAAGGACCACCAGAAGAGUGGAAGCUGGGGGAAUGAACCGUUGAAGUCGAGAUACUACGGACGACCCUCGGAUGCCGGUGUAAAAAAGUCAACGUCCGCCAGGUUGCAACAAAUCUUCGAACGUAAAGCCAACAAGAUGCUGAUAAAAGCUCAAACCCUUGGCCAGUCGGCCGCACUGGCCAUGCGUAAGAAUUCCUCCUUCGGUGACAUCUUGGCGGCCGAAGAGUAUGGCAACGACAACGAUCAAGAGCUGGAAAAGUAUCUGGUACUACUGCUCGGGCUUCAGAAGCUUCUAGUUUGGGAACGCCAGCUUCUGAAUGAUAUCAUUCCGACAUCCCGCCACAAUGAGGUCUUUUCUCGGCUCUCUCAACCAUCGAUCGAAAUGGUCGUCAAAGAUGCCGAAGCCAUCACUGGGCGAGUGCUGAGGAGCAUCAGUCGCAAGGAAUGGUCCGCUGCUUUGGGAACCUUCUCCGCACUGAAGCACGUGCAAAUCCUUCAACCCGACAUUGAUAAAAUUUGCGAUACUGCUCAACGGCAGCAACUCGGUGGGGUGCUGAACAAACUCCAGCAAACCGGUUCCAAAGCCCUGGAGCAAUUCAUCGACGCCGUCAAGAAUGAUACGGGAAGCGGUGGAAUGGUCAGCAUGAGCUCCAGCACCAUCAGCUACGGAGGGGGCUCGAAUGUACCGAAAGAUGCCACCGUCCACGAACUGACCUCCAAUACCAUCUGGUUCCUGGAGCAGCUCCAGGAACACUGCGAAACCAUCGGAAGCAUUCUUCAGAUGGAUCCAAUCUACACCAACGACCUGGAUCGAAUCGCUUCCCACAAAACCGUCUCGCUAGAACAGAAGAAUAAAGCCCUUCUCGGUAUUUACGUGCGGAAAGUGCUCGCCGAACUAAACUACACCAUCGCCGCCAAAUCCGAGCAGUACGGAGAUGUAGCGAUGAAACAACUGUUCAAGCUGAACAACACCCACUACAUCUUGAAGUCGCUUCAACGCUCGAACCUAAUUGACGUUGUUGCCCUUACGGAGCACGAUUGCGAGAAACGCUACCAGAAAAUGACGCAAGACCUGAAGAAAGCCUAUCUCAGCUCGUGGUCCAAGCUGCUGGCAUGCAUUGCCCCACUGGAAGACGUUCCGAAACCGACCGGCGGCCGGGUGAAAGACAAGGAACGAGCUAUUAUCAAGGAGCGGUUUUCCUCGUUCAACAAGGAACUUGACGAGGUGGUACGGACGCAGCGUGCCAUCUCCGUGCCGGAUGGGCUGCUGCGGGAGGGCAUCAAGCGGGACAACACCGAGCACAUUAUUCCGCAGUACAAUGCGUUUUUUGAGAUCUACUCCGAAGUACAGUUCAGUAAGAAUCCGGAAAAGUAUGUCAAAUAUCGACCGACGGAUGUGACCGCGAUGCUGAAUAGCUUCUUUGAUGAUACUAUUUAAGGUAGUUGAAGUAAUGGUUAAAUUAUGAAUAUUUAAAAUACAGAUUUAUAAUUGCAUACAUGUAGAAGCAUGUAAGUC